GUCCCAGUUAUAUAUCAUAACUUCAUCUGUUUGAUCAGUCCAGGGUGUUUUUCUCUCUGUUUGUACGAAGCAGCUGAAUGUGUUAAGUCUGAAGUUCACAGUGAAGCAGCCUGUGUGCCUCUUUUCAGAGUAAUAGCUACAGCCAGCUUCAUCCAAACAAAAUGGGCAUCCUUUUUGGAUUAUACAUUCUGGGGAUUUUAUUUACAGCUGUCCUUCUUCUGCUUUUGGCAUCCACCGCAUAUAAUCCACUAAAAAAUUAUAUCGGAAAAUGGAACGAAAUGAGACCAAUUCCGGGAAUGGCGGGUGCUUAUCCAAUCAUUGGCAAUGCACUGCAGUUUAAAACCAAUGCAGGAGAUUUUUUCAACCAGAUUAUCGAGGGCACAAAUGAAAACAGACACCUUCCCCUCGCAAAGGUGUGGGUGGGUCCAGUCCCUUUUUUGAUCUUGUAUCAUGCUGAGAAUAUUGAGGUAGUCCUCAGCAAUUCCAGACACCUUGACAAGUCAUACUCGUAUAGGUUCCUGCACCCCUGGCUCGGCACAGGCCUGCUCACCAGCACAGGGGAGAAAUGGCGUAACCGGCGUAAAAUGCUGACUCCGACCUUCCAUUUCUCCAUCCUCUCUGACUUCCUGGAGGUGAUGAAUGAACAAACGGAUAUUUUGAUUCAGAAGAUGCAGAAGCUUGAAGACGGAGAGCCGUUUAACUGCUUCAACUUCAUAACAUUGUGUGCUUUGGAUAUCAUUUGUGAAACUGCAAUGGGAAAGAAAAUCUAUGCUCAGAGUAAUGCUGACUCGGAGUAUGUCCAAAGUGUGUAUAAAAUGAGUGACAUCAUCACUAAGCGACAGAGAGCACCAUGGCUGUGGCCAGACUGGAUCUACAACAAAUUAAAGGAAGGCAAAGAACAUGCAAAAAGAUUGAAGAUUCUUCACUCUUUCACUGCAAGUGUCAUCAGAGAGAGAGCAGAGUUCAUGAGCUCUGAGCCGGACAGCGAUUCUGACCAGGGUGAGAGGAAAAGACAAGCCUUCCUAGAUAUGCUGUUAAAAACUACCUAUGAGAAUGGACAGAAAUUGAGUCAUGAGGACAUUCAGGAGGAAGUGGACACCUUCAUGUUUGAGGGUCAUGAUACCACAGCAGCUUCAAUGAACUGGGCUUUACAUCUCAUUGGCUCCCAUCCUGAGGUGCAGAAGGCAGUGCAGGCAGAACUACAGGAAGUCUUCGGUUCAUCAGAGCGCCAUGUGGGGGUGGAGGACCUGAAAAAGCUGCGCUACCUGGAGUGUGUGAUCAAGGAGAGUCUGCGGAUCUUCCCCUCCGUGCCUCUGUUUGCGCGCAGCAUCUGCGAGGCUUGUCAUAUCAAUGGGUUCAAAGUCCCAAAAGGAGUGAAUGCUGUUAUCAUACCAUAUGCUCUUCACCGGGACCCGCGCUACUUUCCAGAACCUGAGGAAUUUCAACCGGAAAGGUUUCUGCCAGAAAACAGCAAAGGGAGGCAUCCAUAUGCGUACAUCCCUUUUUCCGCUGGGCCAAGGAACUGCAUUGGCCAACGCUUCGCCAUGAUGGAGGAGAAGGUAGUUCUUGCUACGAUCUUGCGUCACUUUGACGUAGAGGCGUGUCAGAGCCGUGAGGAACUGCGGCCUCUGGGGGAACUCAUUCUGCGUCCCGAGAAGGGCAUUUGGAUCAAACUACAAAGAAGAAGCAAAUAGCUCUCACCAUCAAUAUAAGGUUGCUUCUGUUUCUGUUUUGCUUCUGCUUCUAGUUUUGAUGCUAGUUUAUGGAACUUUUUUUUCAUUUUGUGUAUGGCACAUUGUGGGAAAUGGAUGAAAGGAAGAGCUGUGAGAAGCUGAAGGCAUAAUCAAAUUAGUAAAAUAUGUGAACACUUUAUUUUAAAGGGGACUUAUUAUACAAAAAUCACUUUUAUAAGUGGUUUAACACAGUUGUGGGGCAACAGUCUGCAUAUAAUCAGCCUCUAAUGGUAAAAAUGUAUUCAUUAUAAUUUUCACUUCAUAAAAACAGUCUGCAGAA